GUCCGUAAAUAUACGGUACAAUGUACCGUGUUAAUGUGAAGGAAUUUUCCGUAAUAUUUUUUUACAGGAGUUUUAACCGUAUUUUUUAAGGACGCAUUGCAUUAUGGGAGCAUGAAGCGCCGUACGCGCUAACUUCUGAAUGAAGAAGCGGUCAUCAACGGACGUUUACCUUUCAAUCUUCGGAGUUGGGGAAACCUUUAUUGCACUUCUGUGAUAUCACAGAGGGUGGAGUGUCACCCAGAUAGCACCUGUUCAUCUGUGUGAAGCUGCAGAACAGUAUUUUCCAGAGGUGCAAGGUUACUCAUCCCACUCAAGCAUAUGCCACUAUGGAGCUUGUGAAAGAAUUAGUUCAGAAAGCUAUGCCAUCGCUCAGUAAUCAUGAAAUGGACUUACUCAUAGCGAGACUGGAGGAGAUUGGAGUAAACAAUGUAGAUGACCUUAACUUUGUCAAGACUGAGGAUGUCGAUGGAAUUCUGCCACCCAUUCAGCAGAGAAGACUAAUUCAAGCUUUCACUGCAGAGUCACAAGCUGUACUUGGCUCUGCUUCGACAUCUCUGCAACAAAAUGUCCAUCUGCCCCAAACUCCACCUCCGACACCUGGUCCCAUGGAGGAUUCUCCAUCCCGGGAGACAUAUGAUGUCCCAUGGCACAAAAUGCCCCCAAACCUCAUGCUUGCCUUAAGUGAAAAGAAAAGACCAAAGCCUAAAGAGAGAAGAGAGCUGGUUCGUAUAGUCAUUGACGAUGUACUCCGUAAAGAGCGUGGCAGGCCUGGAAGAGCAAAGCUGCGGGAGAUUGCCAAGAAGAUUGUAGAACAAUAUCCAUGCUCUUUUCAAGACAGAGAGCUCAAUGGAACUAAAGUCAUUGGAACAGGAUAUGAUGCUCUCUUCAUACAGCUAGAAAACAGACUUGAAAAUAUUAGAAGGCCAUUUACCUUCAGCUCAACAAAGAGGCCAGCAGAGGGUGAAGACGCAGUGAGGAAAAAGUCUACACUCUCAGAUCGUUAUGGAUGUGUGGAGUGGCAGCCUGCUGUUGAGGAUAUAGCAGAACUACAGUCUAAACAAGAUGACUUGAAAAGUGCCUUCAAAACCCGUCAUCUUCAGGAGUUGUGUGUUCGCAAAUUGAUGACAGAAACCUAUUCCAUCCAGCGUGCAACAAUCAACAAAGGAAGCACUGUAAAAACAGUACAAGAAGAGUGGCCCUUCCUUUUUGAAGCUGUUCACCUGUUUGACCACACAUGUACCCUCAUUGGCUUACCAGUGCAAACAAAGCUGGCAGAGGAAAUCUCCAGAAAGGGAAAGAGUAUCAAAGACUUCCUCGACUCAAGUGGGAUGAAGAUGCCACCAGGUGAAGAUCCAGUACAGCUGAUCUCAGGCAUUGCGAAAUUCUUCAAGGAAAAACCUGAUCUGCUUUUCUACCAAAGUGAGGAGUCAACUGCUGCUGGACUGAGCAUCCCAAGCACCCCUUGCAUCCUUAUCAUGGGUGAUCAACGAUUCAAGAUCGCUGUCGAUCAGGAAGUGGUCAAUGACCAUAUCAACUCCCUCAUUGUGGCCCUGAGCUACGCUUUCUCUUUGUUUUAUGUAUUGAACAUAAAAUACCCAAAGGAGAUGGCAAUCACCCUGGAAUUCAUACAAAGAGUUUUCCUGGGAAUAAAUCCUGAGCGUGGGUCAAAGGCCGAGAAGAAGAGGACCAAACACCAGCACAUUCCUCCAAGACUGCUGAAGUUCCUGUUUGAACUAAACAACUUCGAGAAUCCAUGGAUGGUAAUUUGAGCUGUUUUGCCAUGUAUUUGGAAAUGUUUAAAAGAAAGUUGAAAAGCUGUUUUAGUUGUUUCUGACCACCUUUUGGUGCAACACCAUUUAAACAAUUUUCUACAAAAUGAGCACUUUUUAAUGGUGCUUUGCACAUCGUUCAAUGAAUUGU